AUGUACGUCGCUAUUGCUACAGGCGCUAACAAGGGUAUUGGAAAUGGAAUAGUGGAGCUACUGGUUCAAGGCCUGAAGCCAGCUUCCCACUGGCACGUCUGCUUGACAGCACAAAACGAGAAGCUGGGUUUGGAGGCCGUAAAGGUGCUUGAGGACAGGCGCCUGAGCGUGAAGUUCCACCAACUUGACAUCACAGAUGCCGAUAGUCGACACAAACUGGCGGAAUUCAUGAAAGCCAACUAUCCAGAUGGAAUAGAUAUUCUAGCAAACAAUGCUGGAACUGCAUACAAAACUGACUCCACAGCACCGUUUGGUGAGCAAGCCAGAGUCACUAUUGCCACGAAUUACACAGCCACAGUGAAAAUGUGCACGGGGUUCUUGCCAUUGAUGGCGAAGGACUCAAGACUUGUUAAUGUCGCUAGCAUGGCUGCUAUGAUGUCGUUGCGUGCAAUGUCGAAGGAAAUGGCGGCCAAGUUCAAGGGUCGCUUGACUUUGCAGGAAUGUUGUCCCGGCUAUGUUGACACAAACACGACAAGUCACAAGGGUCCCAAGACCAUCUUAGAAGGCGCUGACACGCCGGUCUAUCUGGCGACUUUGCCGAAGGGUGUGACUGAGCCCUACGGUCAGCUCGUCAGCGAACGUCAAGUUGUCGAUGUGGACAAGGAGGGCCCGCUCUGA